AUGGAGAUGCAAGUUGAGCACAAUCUCCAAUGGGAGUUUUCCAUGACCACUGAGGAUGGCCGUGAACUGACUCCGGUCUUCGGACCUGGCUUCACUGGCCUCGCCAACCUCGGAAACAGCUGCUACCUUUCCAGUAUUAUGCAAUGUAUCUUCUCUACGGCUGCUUUCCAAUCUCGUUAUUUCUGCCCAACUGAGGAGCCACCGCUGUGCCAAGCACCUGCGCAGGACCUUGAAACCCAGCUGAGAAAGCUAGCAGAUGGUGUUUUAUCAGGUCGUUACUCUCAACCCGGUUCGCGCUUUGGCACAGCUCAAAAUACACAAGACCUUUCACAUCAAAAAGGACUGGCUCCAGCCAUGUUCAAAUAUCUCAUCGGACAAGGCCACGAAGAAUUCGCAACCAUGAGGCAGCAGGAUGCGUUUGAAUUUCUUUUGCACGUGUUCAAAUGUGUGAGUCUUUCAAAUCGUUCCAAUGGGCAACCGAACCCAGUCAAGAGCUUUCGAUUCGAGGUGGAACAACGCCUCCAGUGCUUGAGCUGUAAGAAGGUCCGUUAUAAGGUCGAUGAACAAGAUAACAUAUCUGUUGCUGUACCUGCUCGCCAUAUCCCGGAUCAAGUCGAUUGCUUCGAAGCCGUGACUCUAUCAGAAUGCUUAGACAUAUUCACUGCAGAGGAAGUCGUCGAACUCAGCUGUCCUGCCUGCCAAAGCGAUGAUGGGUUCUCGAAGCGUCUGUCCUUCAAAAGCUUGCCACGGGAUUUAGCUGUCAAUGCUCGCCGCUUUGGACUUGUCAACUGGGUCCCUACCAAAUUAGACAUUCCGGUGAUUGUUGGUGAUGGGCCUGUCGAUUUUGGACCCUACUUGGCUGUCAAACAUGACGUGAAUGAGGAGGUCUUGCCAGAGUUUGAUGAAGCCGUGGCUUUUAAGCCCAAUACGGAUGCCAUGAACCAACUCUUGAGCAUGGGUUUUCCAACUGUGAGAUGUGAAAAGGCACUUCAUGCCACUGGAAAUUCUGACCCCGAAGCCGCCACGAACUGGCUAUUUGCUCAUAUGGAAGACCCAGAAAUCGAUGAACCCUUGAUCUUAAACAGUGCUGUCACCGGGUUGAGAGAUACUGAGCAGGAUGAGGCAAAGGUCGCUCAGUUGGGGGAUAUGGGGAUCGAGGCUGCCAGAGCUCGACGGGCAUUAUCUGCCACUGAUGGGGAUGUGAACCGAGCUCUGGAUUGGGUUUUCAGCCACCCUGAUGAGGAUUUGGAAGAUGGUAACGGUGAGAAUGAAGGCAUAGGAACUCAACAAGAUUCCACUGGCUUCGAUGGGUUGCCCGCCCGGUAUCAACUACAAUCCAUCGUUUGUCACAAAGGCACAUCGGUCCAUGCAGGGCAUUACGUGGCUGUCAUUCGCAAGGCUUUGCCAGGUCAAUCUGGCCUCUCCUGGGUUAUGUUUAAUGAUGAAAAGGUUGUGAAGUUCGAGGACUUUGAUCAGAUGAAGAAGACUGCUUAUAUGUACUUCUUUACACGGCUAUAG